UGUGAAAAAGUAAUAAUAAAGUGAACGCUAAAAUAUAAACGCCAACGUAUAUAGCGUGUGUGUGUGUGCAAAAUUCAACAAAUAAAAACUUAUUAGAAAAGUGUUCAUUAUUAGCCACGGCGAACUACACUUGCAGUACAUUUGUCAUCUAGCUACUGCUUCCAGAAAAAGAAAGAAAAAUACAUAGGCAAAGAAAAGAAACGAACAGCCAGCGCAACACAGCCAACUACAGCGGUACGAGAACGCGUUAAAUAGCCAACGGCGAAAAGGGAGAGGAGAACACAAUUAAAACUUGAAUCGAAAAUUCGCAUAGAGCAAACGAAUUGUAAACGAAAUAUAAAUUAUAGCCAGUGCGCCGCUGUGCUUUUGGCAAAAGUGCUGCACAUAAACAUAAACGUGUCUAAGCUAACAUAAAGAAACAAUUGGUUCGGUUAUAUAUUUUUUGCAAACGGCUGAGUAAGCGUAGAAGAGUGCAAAAAAAAGAAAGAAAAAGGAGCCAAGGAGCAACGAACUGUGUGUGCGGUGUCCGCUCUGAGUGUAAAAGGUUGUUUUUACAGCUCACAUAAGAAGACUGACACAAACACAACAAAACACAACAGCAGCAAACGCAACGCAACGCAAAGCAAACAAAGCAACAAUAAACCUAGUGGGUCACAUCAACCAGCAACAAGGAGCAGCAGCAACAACAAUAACAUAAAAUUGUAAACUGCAAAGCAGCUCAAAAGCAAGGCCGAAAACGAGACGGACGAGAGUGAGUGAGUGAGAGAGAAAGAAAGCAAACGCAAGUGCGAAUUGAGCGUGUUCGACAGCGCGGCGGCAGUAGGCGGCGAAGGAAGCUAACGCUAAUGAGGAUCUAUUGGCAGCAUGAGUACACUGGGGGGAAGUAGGGGAGAGCGAAAUGCCAAGCCCAAAUUUACAGCGUUGGAUAUAAACCGCAUGUACAAGAAUAGUCGUGGCGAAUCGAGUGAACCAUCUGCCCAAAAGAAUCAAGUGCCGCGUAAACAUGGAAUGCAAAUAUUGGGUAAAGUGCCCUCCGCUCGGCGCCCACCAGCCAAUCUGCCAUCCUUGAAGGCCGAGACAAACAGUAGCAGCAACAGCAACACCAGCAGCAGCAGCACUAGCGCCAGCGGCGGCAACAACAACACCAACAACGCAGCAGCAGAAGGCAGCACACCAAUUGCAGCAGCCGUUAAUAGCAGCCACAGCGGCAGCAACAACAACAGCAGCAGCAGCAGCAGCCAUAACGCAUCUGCUGCAGCCGCUAGUAGCAACAACACUAAUAAAUACAACAGCAAUAGUCAUAUUAGCAGCGGCUCCAACAUCAACAGCAACAAGAACUCAAAGCUAAUUAAUAAUUCUGCUAGCAACAGCGUUGGCAUUGGCAGCGCAUCAGGAGCCUCUACAAAUUCACCGAAAACAUGGUCAGCAAUAACUACAGGACACGAGCGUGCUGCUGCUGGCAAUCGCCAGUCGCAAGCGCAGCAGCAGGUUGUGCCACAUUAUCAGAGUCCGCAGUUCCAAUACGAGUUCCCCACACUCAUGGGUGGACCAUCUGCUGUGAUAUCAGCUGCGGCUGCCGCUGCGAGCAGCAAGUCCAAGGAGGGUCACUAUCACCAUCACCAGCAGCAUCAGCACCACCAGCAGCAGCAGCAACACCAUCACCAUCAUCAUCAACAGCAACAUCAUCAUCAGCAGCAGCAACACCAGCAGCAGCAACAACAACAUCAUCAUCAUCAUCAUCAACAACAGGGACGUGGCGAUUAUCGAGAACAUCAGGCCCGUCAUGGACAUGCCCAGCAACAGCAGCACGGCGGCAGCGAUGCCGGCAAUUACAGAGGUGGCAGCGACGACGUCGGCGUUGGCGCUGGCGAUCUAAGCGAGCUGAGCCUGCGUCCACAGAACGAUCCGGCUGCCUGGCUGCAGCAGCAAGAGAAAGCAGCCAAGGAGUUGGCCUCCAGCCUACCGGGCCAGGGCCACCAACAACAGCUAAAUGUAAACGGGCCCGUCGCCCCUGGCUCUGCUCCCGGUGUGCCGUUGCCCAUAUUAUCGCUAAUGCCCUCAUUCAUGCGCAGCGGCGCACCACUGCCAAAUGCAGCCGGCGUAUUGGGAUUGGGCAUGGGUCUUGGUGCGCCCACCAUGGCUGCCGCAUUGGCCGGCGCUACUGUCGUCUCCUCUGCCGUCAGCUCUGGCGUCGGCGGCGGGGUCGGCGGCAUAGAACUGGGCGGCACGCCCAUACCCUAUCAGAAUGGCAUUGGCGGCGGCGCUGGCGCACGCUCUGCCUCGCCAGCGUUGCUUGGCGGAUUCCGAGCUGCGGCCGCCAUACCCAAGCGACCAGCAGCUACAGCAACGCCACCCAGUGCUGUCGGAGGCGCCAGCACACCGCCACAACAACUGCAGGCCAACGGUCCGUUGCGUAAGGAUAUCAAGGACAAGGACUUUGUGGUCGAGCCAGAGGUGGCUCAAAUGCAGCGUCCCAUUAUACGCGAAGAGGAUCUGGAGCGCCUGAAUGCCAUAGCCAAGGACGAUAGCUGGACAAAGCAGGACGAUAUUGAUUACACCAAGAAGUUGACGUUCUCCGAUGAUGAGGAGGCGCAUGUCACUGCCACAGAUGAAAAGCACCGUCACCGUCACGGACACGGACACGGUCACGACCAUGGCAACAACAAGCAUCACUUGGAGCAGCGCAAGCUGAGUGGUAGCUCAGCCGGCGGCAACGGCAAUGGUAACAAUAACAGCAGCAACAACAAUUGGCAACAGCAGCAGCGCGCCAAAGAGAGCAGCGAGCGUGAGAAUGCCGAGAGCGCCGCAGCUGAGCAGCAGCGUCAACAGAAUGGACAUCGUGGCGGCAACGGCGCCGGUGGCGUCGCUGCCAACAGCGGUGGGAUAGCGCUCGAUGCUGGCGUCUAUGAGCGGGCCAAGCAGCGCAAGGAGGAGGAGGAGCGACGCGAGAUGGAGCGCAAGCAAGCAGCAGCUAGAAAGCUGCAAGAGCUUGAAAUGAAAAUGAACUGCAAAAGGGCGGCAGAGGCGGCGGCAGCGCAGCAGCAGCAGCAGCAGCUAAGCGAUGUCACAAACUUGGCACCAGCCCUAGCAGCAGCAGCAGCAGCAGCACAAGCAGCAGCAGCUGCAGCGGGAGCAGGAGCUGAGCCGGCAGCAUUAGCAGCGUGCACAGCUAACGCCACGCCAAGCGAGGAUGAAGCGCUGGCAGCAGCGCAGCGACGACCACGUGGCAGCAAUGCCAGCAUAGGCAGCAGCGGCAACAUCAUUAAUCCAGCAGGAUUCGCCGGCAGCUGCAACAUGAACGCAGUGGCUGCAGCUGCCGCUGCAGCUGGCGGAGAGUAUGGACAGAAGCCCGUGUUUAUGACUCACUUUCAGUCGAAUUUACCGCCGCGCUUCCAACGCCAGCAACAGCAGCAGCACCAGCAGCAACCACGUGGCCCCGGCGGCGGCGGCCUAGAGAAGAGCGCCUCUGCCAGCAGCGCUUUCGAAGGCGGCAGCACACGUUAUCUGCAGCAGAAGGGCGCCAAUGGUGGACCCAUCAGCGGAGGUGGCAAUGGCAACGGUAACGGCGGCAACGGCGGCGCGCGCAGCAUUUCUGGUGUCUAGGCGCGUGGCGGCGGCGGCAACGGCAACAGCAACGCCGUCAUCGGCGGUGGCAGCAACGCCUAUGGACGCAACCGCCAUGACAGCGCUAGGGAGGAGCAGGAUUACCGCAAUGCACAAGCGGCACAGGCGCAGUCUGCGUCACAGCAGCAGCAGCAACUUCCGCGUAGCAUUUCUGAAAAUUCACAGCGCAAAACCAGCGUCAGCUCUGGUGACGACGCUGGCAAUGGCUGCGGCGUUGGCAGCAUUGGCGGCUCCUCAUCCUGGGCGGAGCAAACAGAUGCAGAGCAAAAGCAUCAUCAUCAUCGACAUCGCGAGGAGAGCAUCUCAUCUACGCAUAGCCAUGAUUCGUCUGUACAGAUCAAGAUCCUGCAGCGUCCCGCUCGCCAGCCAAGUCUCAGCGAGGAGAAGCCACGUGGCGGAGGAGGAGCAGCAGCAGCAGCAGACUCUAUGCAGCCCACACAGAUAUUGCGCAGAAGCGCUGAACCCAUGGACAAUGCAAAGGAGAAGUCUGAAUUGAUGGCAGCAGCAGCGGCGGCGGCGGCGGCGUCGGCGGGAGAAGAGUCGUCUAAACUGAGCAAGGAGGAGCUGCUGCUGCUGGAGAAGGAGAAGCAGCUGGCAGCAGCCGCCGGCAAGCGGCCAAGUCCACGAGGUGGUGCACGCAUGGGCGGUGGUGGAGGAGGAGCUAAUGCCAAUCCACGACACCAACCUGGCAGCAACUAUCGCGGACAGGAGCAGCGCAACAACAUCAGCGAUUGGAGUAAUCGCAGCGGUGGCGAGAUCGAGAGUUUCGCUGGACGUCGCUAUUAUGGCAGUGGCGAAGAGCAGUCUGAGCAUUCGGAGGAUGUGGAUGAAGAUUGCUAUAGCAGCAGCGGCGGAGGAGGUGGCGGAGCCGGAGGAGCUAAUGCCAAUCCACGCCACCAACCUGGCAGCAACUAUCGCGGACAGCAGCAGCGCAACAACAGCAGCGAUUGGAGUAAUCGCAGCGGUGGCAGCAAAGACAGUUUCGCUGGACGUCGCUAUUAUGGCAGUGGCGAAGAGCAGUCUGAGCAUUCAGAGGAUGUGGAUGAAGAUUGCUAUAGCAGCAGCGGCGGGAGAGGAGGCGGAGGCGGAGGAGGCCCUGCGGCCAAACGCAAUCCCAAAGGCAAAGGCAAAGUUGGCUUCUCGCCACGUGGUGAGCCUUCCAGACGCGGACGCGGUGGCGGCUUGAACCCAGCCAACAGUAAUGCGGCGCCAGGAUAUCGUCGCACGACAGCUGCAACUCCAGCUGCAGCUGGAGCUGGCGGUGCCAGCGGCGCCACUGCUGGAGGCCGUGCUUAUGGCCGCUUAGGCUAUGAGGAAUACCAGAAGCACCAACGCCACUCUGAGUCGGAAGCCAGCAGCAACGCUGCUGCUGCUCCUCCUUCAAAUCCAACGGCAGCGACGUCUGCCGCAGCAGCAGCAGCGGCGGCAGAGGCGGAAAAGGUGAAGCAACAGCAGCUUGCGCUCAGCGCUAGUUUGCACACCAAGGAUGACAUGGAGCAUCCAAGCAAGGAGGAUGCACUCAAGGAAGCUGCUGCGGCAGGCCUUGCAGGCAGAGCGCCACCUGGUCUCAGCGAGAAUGCAGUUGUUGGCGUCUCAGCAGCAGCAGCAGCGGCGGCGGCGGCAGCGACAGCCUCACCAGCGCCAUCGGUGCAGGCAGCGUGCAGCACGUCGCUGAGCACUUUGAUAAUCGAUGCGCCUGUGAAUACCAUAAUCUUUGAAAACUCCACCUACAAGCAGCAGCAGCAGCAUCAACAGCAGCAACAGUCAGCAGCAGCACUUGCCGUCGACCAUUUGUCCAGCGCCCUUUCCCAGAUGAGCUUUGGCAAGGAUGAUGAGCAUCAGCAGCAACAGCAGCAGCAGCAACAACAGCAGCAGCAGCAGGAUAUGAAGUUGGGCUUCAGCUUUGCGGACGAUGCAGUGACGCUUAAAGUGGACGCCGCCAGCAGUCAACAGCAGCAGCAGCAACAAAAUAAUUCCACAGCGGAUUUGAAUAUGAAAAUAGCAAGCGUUAAAAAGGUGUGGGAGUCGACCACGCCCAUGUCGGAAUCAGCGCAGCCGCCUACGCAGCACCAGCAGCAGCAGCAGCAACAGCACGCGCAACAGCAACAUGCCCAACAGCAACAGGCGGCGCAGCAGCAACAUGCACAGCAGCAGCAACAUCAGCAGCAGGUCGAUGAUGGCAGCACACACAUGACCGCAGCCUCCUUUGUUGCUGCCGUGGCCGCAUCACAGCAGCAACACUCGCAGCAGCAACAACAACACUCGCAACAGCAACAUGGACAGCAGCAAAUGCCGCACUAUGUGCACUUGCAACAUCAGCAACAGCAGGCGCCACCGCCGCAUCACGCCGCACACCAUGCGCUCUCCUCACCCGGACCCGUAUACGGCAGUCACGGCUCACCCUUCGACGCCGGCACGCUGGAGCAGCAAUUCCAGCAGCAGCAGCAACAGGAUGAUUAUCCCAGUCCACAGCAACAGCAGCAACAUGCACAACAGCAACAGGCCAAGGCCAAGCAGCUGCAUGCGAGCCUUGGCAUGUCGCCACCACCAAGUCAUCAGCAACAACAACAGCAACAGCAGCAGCAGCAGCAGCAACACUCCCAGCAGCAACAGUUGCCGUUCUAUCAGGCCUCGCCACAGUUCGGCAUUCCAACAAUUCCCAGCCCGCCGUCGAUAGUGUUCAACUCAUCGCAGCUGGCGCCACCUCAGGUGCCGCCACCGCAGGUGCCCGGGCCCACACAGGCGGGCAGCAUGUACGCUCCAUUCCAUUCGCUUGAUCAUUCGAGCCGUUCGCCCGCCUAUUCAGCGGCCGCCCCCAGCGCGGGCUCACCAGUUUCCCUGCGUAUUACUGCAGCCCGCUUCCAGCGGCCCAGCGGCGGCGCUGGCCCGCUCCUCACUGCGUACGCCAUGCAGACCCCCCGCCCAUCGUACCAUGGCGGCAACAUGCCGCCACCGCCCACAGCGCCCACGCCCGACAUGUACUCCAAUCUGACGUCACAGUUCCGACUUGGCGGCGGCGGCGGCGGUCCCUUCGGCCAGCCACCGCCACAGCCCAGCUCCCAGCAGCUGAACAAUCCCAACACUGCCGCCGCAGUGGCCAUCAUCAGCAACAACAGCAGCAGCAUGAUGUCCACGGGCGGCUCCAAGCAGCAGCAGCAGAACCAACAGCAGCCCAUUGGUGCCAUUGGCUCCAAGUCGGCCGGCAGCAACAGCGGACCCGGCGGACCCUAUGCAGCUGCUCAGCAGUAUAUGAAUCUGUAUGCGGGCCCACCGCAGCAUCCUGGCCAGGGCGGACCGCCGCCAGGAGCGCAUCAGCUGCAGUCGAAUAGCUACUACUCGAAUUCAGCACCCGGCGGACCCAGCGGUCCGCCCUACUUUGCCGGACCGCCACCCCAGGGCGGCGGCAAUGGUGGCCAGAGCUACGGCCUAAGCAGCGGCGGCGGCAUCUACGGUGGCCAUCAAGGCGGACCGCCUGGCUCGAACGGACCACAGUCGCAGCACUCCAUGGGCAACUUUAAUACACAAUUUAUGAACUCUCAGCUACUGACGGCCGCCGGCAUGGGACAGUUCCGUGGCGGAGGCGGCGCUGGCGGCGGCGGCGGUGGCGGCAAUGGUGGCUACAUGAAGAGCAGCCAGGCCCAGGCGCACAUGCAGGACUCGAUGGGUAGACAGCUAAAGAGUCCGCUCAGCGCCGACAUGAGCCUAGGAUUAGGCAAUAAGGUGCAGUCGCAGCCAAGUCCGCCCCAUCAUAAGAACUACGGCGGAUGGGAUCUACAGAAUCAAGUGCUGCAGCAGCAACAAUCUCAGCAGCAGCAGCGCCAAGCCGGCAACGGCAACAAUAUGAAUUCAUUGGGCGGCCGCGGAGCAGGUGCAGUUGGCAGCGGCUCGGGCGGAUCCCAAGUAGUCGGCGGCAGCAGUGUUGGCAGCGUGGGACAGAGCGGUGGAGGCGGCGGCGGCGGCCAAGGACGCUAUCCGGCGCCCAUACAGCGACCCAACAACUAUCCACAGCAUCCCCAGCAGCAGCAGCAACAGCAAGCGGCCGCAGCAGCAGCGCAGCGAGCGCAGAGCAUGCGUCAGGUGACGGGUGGCGCCGGCAGUGCCGGCAAUAGCAAUGCACCCAGUGGAGCCAAUAAUGGCGGCAACGGUGGCCCUGGCGGCCCUGGAGCUGGUGGCGGCGGCUCAUCGCCUGCCGCGGGCUCCUCCCAGCUGAACAAGCCCUACUAUGCGAGCAAUUGCGCGGGCGCCGGCGCUGGCGCCAACCGCGGUGAGUGGCACGCCAAUUGAUGAGUGAUCCUCCAACUGACGACAAAGACGAUGACGACGACACAAAAACAGACAAACAAAAGUCUCGCUCUCUCUCUCUCGCUCACACAUACACUUAAGCACACACACACACACGAGCGCGAGAACAACAAGAGACGAUUAAAUUAUUGUUGCGUGUGAAUGGGCAAACAACAAGAACGAUGAUAAAACGAAUUCAGAUUCAGAUGCAGAGAGAGCAAAAGAAUUACUAAGCGAAGAAGAAGAAUAAUAAUAAGAAGAAAACAAAACAGCAAAUCGUUGCUGAAGAUUAAAGUGAAAUGCAUAACAAACUAACUUAAAAGAAAAAGCAAAAACUAUGCGAUACACAAAGCAAACAACAUUUAUAUAUAUUAAAAGCAUAAAAAUAAAAGUAAAUAAAGAAGCGACAGACAUAAAGGAAAAGCGUUUAAAAAAAAGCAUAUACAUAUAUAUAUAUAUAUAGAAUUUACAAGCAAACAAUUUAAAGGCAAAUAAAAAUGCAAUGUGGGCGAGACGACACACACACACACACGCGUACAAUUUCCCCCGCCCCCCCUAACACACAAAAUGGAAACUGCCUAAAAAAAUAAAAUGUGAAAGCAAACAACAACAACAACAAUCAAUCAAUCAAUUUGAAUCAGUAGCAGCGCCUAGAAGAGCGCAAUGCCACAAACGAAAGAAACUUAAUGCGAGUAAAGCUUAAACUAUGAAAAAACCGCAUUAUUUUUAGUUGGGUUACACACACAAACACACACACACACAAACACACAUACACAUACACAUAUAUACAUAAA